AUGGCCUUUGAGGAUCUCCUACCUGAAGUUGGAGAUAUGGGAAGAUUCCAGAUCCUUCAGGUCCUUUGUUUGGCUAUCCCUCUAGUAUUUAUAGCUAGCCAUUGUCUGAUAGAGAACUUCACUGCCUUUGUCCCUGAGCACCGGUGCUGGGUUCACUUACUUGACAAUACCUCAGAUUUGCUCAAUGUCAAUGGGAACCUUAAUUUUAGUUCCCUUCUAAAGCUUUCCAUCCCCCUGGAUUCCAAUGGGAAACUAGAGAGGUGUUGCCGAUACUUCUGGCCACAGGGGCAGCCCUUGGGUCCAAAUGUCAUAGGACAAAACAUGAGUCAACUGGAGAUGGAGCUGUGUGUGGAUGGCUGGGUUUAUGACCAAAGCCUCUUCACUUCUUCCAUUGUGACUGAGUGGGACCUAGUGUGUGACUCCUGGACACUGAAGUCCUUGUCUCAGUCUGUAUUCCUCGCUGGGAUUCUGGUGGGAUAUCCCAUAUGGGGCUAUCUCUCAGACAGGUUUGGGAGAAAACGGAUGCUGCCUCCAAGUUACCUCAUGCUGGCUGUCUCCAGCACUGGGGCUGCCUUUGCCCAGUCAUUCCCAGUUUACUGUUGCCUUCGCUUCCUGCUUGGGUUUUUGAUAUCAGGAAUCAUACUUUGUGGUGGGACCCUUGUUAUAGAAUGGACCACCAGCCAGCACCGGCCCCUGGUAGCAGUCAUAUUAUCAUUGUGCAUCAGUCUGGGGUAUCUGUUUCUUGGGGUUCUGGCCUAUGGCCUCCAGGAGUGGCGCAGACUCCAGCUGGUAGUGUCUGCUCCCUUCUUUGCCUUCUUCCUGACCUCUUGGUGGUUGCCAGAAUCUGCUGGAUGGCUGAUUGUCCAAAACAAAUAUGAUGAUGCCUUAAAGGUGCUCAGAAAAGUUGCAAAAACCAAUGGAAUAAAGGAUAAGACCCUAACUGUAGAGGCUUUGAGAUCCACCGUGGAGAUGGAGCUGGAUGCAGCACAAACCCGUUAUACCAUGUUGGAUUUGGUCCACUUUCCAAUCCUGCGUACGAGAAUCCUCUGUAUGUCCUUUGCAGGUUUCACAACAGGGAUGCUUUUUUAUGGGCUCUCUCUGGAUAUUCAGAACUUGGGGAGCAAUAUUCAAAUGCUCCAAGUUCUUUUUGGAGCUUCUGCCUUCCUAAGUAGUUUUGUGGCCUUGUUCAUCAUGAACUCCCUUGGCCGUCAAAUGAUAGCAGUGGCCUGCCUCCUUCUUGCUGGACUGUUCGUACUUCCUGGUGCAUUUCUGUCUGAAGAAAUUUUGCGUGUGGUUUUGGCAGUACUAGGAAUCAGCUGUAUUGUGAUCUGUGCUUCCUGCAAUGCUGUGUAUUCCACUGAGCUCCUACCCACAGUAGUCAGGUACAUGUGCAGGGGACUCAUUCUCACAGGAGAUCAGAUUGGGGCAGUGCUGGCCCCAUUGGUGAAUACACUCAGGCACUACAUUCCAGCCCUGCCACAGUUCAUCUUUGCCAUCAUAGGCAUCUCUUCCAGCUUCGUGGUCUUCUUCUUCCUCCCUGAAACCAAGAACAAGCCAAUGCCUGACACCAUCCAAGAUAUAGAAUGUGGGCAUUCAAGAGAAGAAGCGAGACCAAGAGAAGAACGUGACACCGCGGUGAAAAUAAGCCAGUUUUAG